CAGGGCAGACUGAGAGAGAUGGAGAGGCGGGCGGAAGAGAGGAGGGAGAAGAGGCGCUCUGACCACCAGCCAGAGGAGAUGAUGCUGAUGCACCAUAGAGGACACAGCACCAGAACCAGUCCUCUUAGUGAUAACCUUUUCAGACCCAGAGAUAGAGCCAUUACAGGGAAGGAGAUGCAGCUCAGAACCAGGCAGAACUAUAAAAAUCUGCCGGAGGUGAGGAGGAAACAGGAGGAAGAGAAGAGGAGGGAGGACUGCCUGACUAACAGGCUCAGAGCAGAUCUCUUCAAAAAGAAACUGUUAGAACAGAUCCUUCAAAGGGCUAGUCACUGAGUGAAGCCAAGGAUGAAUGGUCCGAACGUACGUGAGCCCCCCUCCCUCCUUCCAGCAUACUGCCUUACUUUGAGAGACCCAACAACCAUCAAGAUGGACUAACCCCCUCCUUCCAGCAUACUGCCUUACUUUGAGAGACCCAACAACCAUCAAGAUGGACUAACCCCCUCCUUCCAGCAUACUGCCCUACUUUGAG